GUGACAGCUAGCGAGCCGGCAGACGACGCGGCGACAACACCUGCAAACUCUUCACCGUCUUGUUCUCUCCAAACUUUUGUGGCCGUCUUUUUUCUCUGCUUGACUGAACAGAAGUCUCUCUCGCAGGUGGAUAAGGUUAUUUGUACACGGAUGUCGAGCUGAACACAUGUGGACAGAAAAACUUGAUGUGCGCUGAUCUCACUAGCUGGACCAUUGGCUCCAGGGUUGACAUAGGUUGACACAGGUUGACAUAGGUUGACAAUAAACAGUUGGCCAAGUUUGUGUUUUGAAUGAAAAAAUUGAAGAUGUAAUUCCCAGUGGUGGAGCAAAGAAUUGUGGUUGAAGGAAAGAAUUGACUUGAGAUGGCGGAGGAUCGUCUCCACUGGGGGGACUGGGUGGUGAUUGCUGGCUAUUUUGUGGCCGUCAUAUCGGUCGGUAUUUUGUCCUCCUGCAAGAAUCGAGGCUCUGUCGGGGGGUAUUUUCUGGCUGGACGCUCCAUGCACUGGAUUCCAGUCGGCGCCUCUUUAUUUGCCAGCAACAUCGGGUCCGGCCACUUUGUGGGACUCGCAGGUUCAGGCGCCUCAAGUGGCAUAGGCAUAGCCGUCUUUGAACUCAAUGCUAUUUUUAUCCUAAUGAUCUUAGGAUGGUUCUUUGUGCCAGUUUACAUAGCUGCGGGGGUGUUUACCAUGCCGGAAUACUUGAGGAAACGUUUUGGGGGCCAGAGAAUCAGGAUCUACUUGUCCGUGCUAGCCCUGAUUUUAUACGUCUUCACCAAGAUUUCAGCUGACCUCUACUCUGGGGCCAUUUUCCUGACUCAAGCCAUGCCCGAGUUGAACCUGUAUGUGGCAAUCAUAAUCCUGCUGGCAGUGGCUGCCCUCUUCACUAUUGGAGGUGGUCUAACUGCAGUUAUUUGGACAGAUUUUAUUCAAACGAUCAUCAUGGUGGUUGGAGCUUUUGUUUUGAUGAUAAUGGGGUUUGUGAAAGUGGGUGGCUACGAAGAACUCCGACAUCGCUACUUUUCUUCCUACCCCAACACGACGCUCCAGCAUCUGGGGAAGGACGACAACUACUCGUACACCAACUGCGGCGUGCCCCCCAGCAACUCGUACAACUUUGUUCGCUCGGCUGAUGAUGGGAACCUUCCCUGGCCAGGUGUUUUUGUCGGCCUGACCAUCUCGUCCGUCUGGUACUGGUGUUCAGAUCAGGUGAUCGUACAAAGAGCUUUAGCAGCAAAAAAUCUUUCCCACGCUAAAGCUGGCUGUCUGCUAGCCGGCUACCUCAAGUUCCUCCCCAUGUGGCUGAUUGUCUUCCCAGGGAUGAUCGCCAGAGUACUUUAUACAGACCGUGUGGGCUGCGCUGACCCCGAGGUGUGCCAGAAAGUGUGUGGUCAGGACAGCUGCAGCAACAUCGCCUUCCCGACCCUGGUGCUGGAGUUGAUGCCGGACGGCCUGCGGGGGCUGAUGCUGGCUGUCAUGAUGUCCGCCCUCAUCUCCUCCUUGACCUCCAUCUUCAACAGCAGCAGCACCAUCUUCACUAUGGACAUCUGGAGGCGCAUCAGGAAAACUUCCUCUGAUGUGGAGCUCAUGAUAGUUGGCAGACUGUGUGUGCUUAUACUGGUGGGUGUUGGCAUUGUGUGGAUCCCUGUGGUGCAGAGCGUCACGGAACUCUUCCAUUACAUCCAGGCUAUCACCAGUUUUUUAGCUCCACCCAUAUGUUCCGUCUAUGUCCUGGCUAUUUUUUGGAAAAGAACCAAUGAGCAUGGUGCUUUUUGGGGUUUAAUGGUAGGUCUGGUAGUUGGCUUGGUACGGUUUGCCUGGGAAUAUGCCUACACAAACUAUCCAUGCGGGGAGGAAUACAAAUCUGAAAAGCCGGACAUUAUCAGUAAAGUCCAUUACCUCCAUUUUGGAAUCAUACUUUUUGUCAUCGUCACCCUGGUGACAGUAGUCAUUAGUCUGCUAACUGCGCCAAUUGAUGAUGUGCAUUUGGAGAGACUUUUGUUUUGGAACCGCUACAGUACCAGACAAAGAGUUGACCUUUCAGAGCUAGAGGUUGACCAGAAGCCUGAACCCAUGGCGGAACCUAAGACAGAGCACCAAGGUGAGACCUCAGACUAUGAUAGCCUCCCUUGGUAUAAAAAAGCUGGCCAGUGGAUCUGUGGCAUAGAAAAGAUGGAGGAGCACCAGCUGACGGAGGCUGAGAUGAAAGCCAUAGAGGAGAAACAAACAUCCAUACAUGAGCAGGCUGCCUGGAGAAGGUUCCUCAAUAUCAACGCCCUCUUUUUGAUGGGUGUGGCUGCCUUCUUAUGGGGUUUCUUUGCUUAAAUAUUGAUGACUACUGCUAAUUUAUGCUAAUUUAUCCACUAGAAAAAAAGAGUUGUCUUGUCUUACUAUGCACUCACUCCCAGUAGAAAGUGGAGAGGAUGGCACUGACUUAAACAAACCUAAUUUAGAAACAGAAUUUACUUUUAGCAGUUAUUUUAAAUAUUUUUUUUUGUAAAUUGUAAUGAAAAUGUAUCAACCCAUUGAGCAUCUACCUGGCUUUGCUAGAAAGUUCAGUUUUAAAUUGUGCUUGUUUGGCUGAAACAACCAGAACAAUCUUCUUAAACAGUUGACACCAACUUUAUUUCUAGAGCCUUUAUCAUGGGAAACAACUUCAUUUAUAAUUUUGGAUAAAUUAACUAAGCUUGGUUAUAAAAAAAAGUGUAUAGCUCAUUAGAAAAACAAAUAUCUAAGUUUGAACAUUGUUUGACCACAAGUGUAGACCAAUCCGGUUCAUCAAAAUACUUUCAAGUUUGGGAUUUGAAAUAUAUUUGAUUGAACUUGUGUACCAGAAAUGUUAUUUUGCCAUGUUCACUGAAAUGUUCCAUUAGAUUCAAUAACUUCAGAUAGGAAAUUAUUAAAUUUACCUAGGAAGUUAAGUAUGGUAUGUAAUACUAGUAAUAGCUAGAUGUUUAUUAAUCAUACUUGAAAUAUUGCCUAUCCCAUUAUCUUGGAAUAUAUAGAUUUUAUUCAAUAUUUCAAAAACAAAAUUAUGUUUAUUAUCUCUAACUAAAGACAUGAUUCUGUUUAUUUGUACUACAGUUUGAUAUACUUUUAAGUUGCAUCAUAAAAAAAUGGAUUAAUAAAAAACCUUCAUUUCCAAAAAAUUGCCACAAAGGAAAUAGGCUAAAACUUAUCUCACUGUACUUGUCACAGCUUUAUUCAAAAUAUCUGGCUACUCUUCCAGUUAUGUUCCACAGUUUUAAAUAUUAAUGGUCCAUUACCAGUAUACAGUAUUUCUAUUUAUCAAUAAAAUUAAUCUUGGGAAAUUUUA